UCCCUCUGCCCCGCCACAUCCCCUUUCUGUCUCCCUCGGCUCCCCCGUUUGUCUGUGUUCCCACUCGUGGAGGAAGGAUGGUUGAUUUGGAGAGCGAAGUGCCCCCUCUGCCUCCCAGGUACAGGUUUCGGGAUUUGCUGCUAGGGGACCAAGGAUGGCAGAAUGACGACAGGGUGCAAGUUGAAUUCUAUAUGAAUGAAAACACAUUUAAGGAGAGACUAAAGUUAUUUUUUAUUAAAAACCAGAGAUCAAGUCUAAGAAUACGCCUGUUCAAUUUUUCUCUCAAAUUAUUAAGCUGCUUAUUAUACAUAAUCCGAGUGCUACUAGAAAACCCUGCACAAGGAAAUGAAUGGUCUCACAUCUUUUGGGUGAACAGAAGUCUACCUUUAUGGGGCCUACAGGUGUUAGUGGCCUUGAUAAGUCUGUCUGAAACCAUGCUGCUCGGUUAUCUCAGUUAUAAGGGAAACAUCUGGGAGCAGAUUCUACGAAUACCCUUCAUCUUGGAGAUAAUCAACGCGGUUCCUUUCGUCAUCUCAAUCUUCUGGCCUUCCUUAAGGAACCUAUUCGUCCCAGUCUUUCUAAACUGCUGGCUGGCCAAACAUGCCUUGGAGAACAUGAUCAACGAUCUCCAUAGAGCUAUUCAGCGUACACAGUCUGCGAUGUUUAAUCAAGUUUUGAUUUUAAUAUCUACAUUACUCUGCCUUAUCUUCACCUGCAUCUGUGGAAUCCAACAUCUGGAACGCAUAGGAAAGAAGCUGAAUCUCUUUGACUCCCUGUAUUUCUGCAUCGUGACCUUUUCUACCGUGGGCUUUGGGGAUGUCACUCCUGAAACGUGGUCCUCCAAGCUUUUUGUCGUUGCUAUGAUCUGUGUGGCCCUGGUGGUUCUACCCAUCCAGUUUGAGCAGCUGGCCUACUUGUGGAUGGAGAGACAGAAGUCAGGUGGCAACUACAGCCGCCACAGGGCUCAGACGGAAAAGCACGUCGUCCUGUGUGUCAGCUCACUGAAGAUUGACCUGCUCAUGGACUUUUUGAAUGAAUUCUAUGCUCACCCAAGACUGCAGGAUUACUACGUGGUGAUCCUAUGUCCGACGGAAAUGGACGUGCAAGUUCGGAGGGUCCUACAGAUCCCCAUGUGGUCACAGAGGGUCAUCUACCUUCAAGGCUCCGCCCUGAAAGAUCAGGACCUGUUGAGAGCCAAGAUGGAUGAUGCCGAGGCCUGUUUCAUUCUGAGCAGCCGCUGUGAGGUGGACAGGACAUCCUCUGACCACCAAACAAUUCUGAGAGCGUGGGCUGUCAAGGAUUUCGCUCCGAAUUGCCCUUUGUACGUCCAGAUAUUGAAGCCUGAGAACAAAUUCCACAUCAAGUUUGCUGAUCAUGUUGUCUGUGAAGAAGAGUUUAAAUACGCCAUGUUAGCUUUAAACUGUGUAUGCCCAGCGACAUCUACCCUUAUUACACUACUGGUUCAUACCUCUAGAGGGCAAGAAGGCCAGCAGUCACCGGAACAGUGGCAGAAGACGUACGGCAGAUGCUCCGGGAACGAAGUUUACCACAUCACUUUGGAAGAAAGUGCAUUUUUUGCUGAAUACGAAGGGAAGAGUUUCACCUACGCCUCCUUCCACGCACACAAAAAGUUUGGUGUUUGCUUGAUUGGCGCUCGGAGGGAGGAUAAUAAGAACAUCUUACUGAAUCCAGGCCCUCGCUACAUUAUGAACGCUACAGAUAUAUGUUUUUAUAUUAAUAUCACCAAAGAAGAGAAUUCAGCGUUUAAAAACCAAGAGCAGCAGCAGAAGAACAGCAUAUCGCGGUCGGUUUACCACGGGCCUGCUAGACUCCCUGUGCACAGCAUCAUUGCCAGCAUGGGGACUGUGGCCAUCGAUCUGCAAGACACAAGCUGCCGCUCCGCCAGCGGCCCUACCCUGUCCCUGCCUGCGGAGGGAAUCAAAGAAGUCAGGAGGCCGAGCAUCGCCCCUGUGCUGGAGGUUGCAGACACGUCCUCCAUCCACGCCUGCGAUCUUCUCAGCGACCAAUCGGAAGACGAAACGACCUCAGAUGAAAACAUGCCCUCGAACCUGGAGUACGCUAAAGGCUACCCACCCUACUCCCCAUACAUAGGAAGUUCACCCACUCUCUGCCAUCUCCUUCAUGAAAAAGUGCCAUUUUGCUGCUUGAGACUAGACAAGAGUUGCCAGCAUAACUACUAUGAAGACGCCAAAGCCUAUGGCUUCAAAAAUAAACUAAUCAUAGUUGCCGCUGAAACAGCUGGGAACGGAUUGUAUAAUUUUAUUGUUCCUCUCAGGGCAUAUUAUAGACCAAAGAAAGAACUCAACCCUAUAGUUCUGCUGCUGGACAAUCCGCCAGAUAUACAUUUUCUGGAUGCAAUCUGUUGGUUCCCAAUGGUUUACUACAUGGUGGGCUCUAUUGACAACCUAGAUGACCUACUCAGGUGCGGAGUGACCUUCGCGGCCAACAUGGUGGUGGUGGACAAGGAGAGCACCAUGAGUGCCGAGGAGGACUACAUGGCUGACGCCAAGACCAUCGUCAACGUGCAGACCCUUUUCAGGCUGUUCUCCAGUCUCAGCAUCAUCACGGAGCUGACACACCCAGCCAACAUGAGGUUCAUGCAGUUCCGAGCCAAAGACUGUUACUCCUUGGCUCUCUCCAAACUGGAAAAGAAAGAGCGCGAGCGAGGGUCCAACCUGGCCUUCAUGUUCCGGCUGCCGUUCGCCGCGGGCAGAGUGUUCAGUAUCAGCAUGCUGGACACGCUGCUGUACCAGUCAUUCGUGAAGGAUUAUAUGAUUUCUAUCACCAGACUUCUGCUGGGAUUGGACACCAUGCCGGGAUCGGGCUUCCUUUGUUCCAUGAAAAUCACGGAGGACGAUUUAUGGAUCCGAACGUACGCCCGGCUGUACCAGAAGCUGUGCUCGGCCACUGGAGACGUUCCCAUAGGGAUCUACAGGACCGAGUCUCAGAAGCUCGCUAUGUCCGAGUCUCAAAUAUCAAUCAGUGUGGAAGAAUGGGAAGACACCAAAGACUGCAGGGACCAAGGCCACGCCCGAGGCAACCACCGCAACUCCACGUCCAGUGACCAGUCGGACCACCCCCUGCUGCGGAGAAAGAGCAUGCAAUGGGCCCGAAGGCUGAGCAGAAAAGGUCCCAAACACUCUGGUAAAACAGCUGAGAAAAUAACCCAGCAGCGACUGACCCUCUACAGGAGGUCAGAGAGACAAGAGCUUGCUGAACUUGUGAAAAAUAGAAUGAAACACUUGGGUCUGUCUACAGUGGGAUAUGAUGAAAUGAAUGACCAUCAGAGUACCCUGUCGUACAUCCUCAUCAACCCGUCUCCAGACACCAGGCUAGAGCUCAAUGACAUUGUAUACUUAAUCCGACCGGACCCUCUGCCCUUCCUUGCCAACAACGAGCCCAUUCGAAAUAGCAGCCUCUGCAAUGCGGCGGGCGCAGACUCCCGGGAGGAGACCCAGCUUUGAUAGCUCGGGAAUAACGGACUUCUUUUUUGCUACAAGGAUCUUGUUUGAAAAAACUCUGUAUCUUAGGGGAAGGAAGGUUGCUGCAUGAAAUAGACGAGAUGGGAAUAUAUUCAAAUCUCUCAUAUUUUAAAAAUGUCUAUUCUCUUAGAAGUAUAGGUUAUUUUGAAAUUGGACAUACUGGUUAUGGGUAUUCCUCUCAUUUCUAUUUGAAAGACAUCAAUGGAAUGGUUUUUUCAAAACCUCCGUUAAAACACACAAUUUUGAAUCUGGUAACUUAAUUGUUUGACCGCAAUCCAAACUGUAUGAAGUCGGUUUUUAAAAACUCUAAGGUUUUAUGAAAGUCAAUGAAAAGUCCAGCUCUAGCUGGUGCAUCUCAACGGACACAGAAGAUCGUUGCUCCUUUAAAAAAUCAAAUGUCACACGAUGUUCUUUAAAAUCGCUCUUUUAUAAAAGUGAGCUUGCCAUACAUGUCUCAGCUCCUCUCCACAGAGAUCACAACU